AUGGAGGAGUUGAGCCCCAGACAACUGGCUGUCAAGCAGCUGAAGCGACGCUUCCUGCAGGCCCUGCAGGCCAACAAUGCCCAGGAGGUCCAGCAGAUUCUGCACACUGGCAAACUAGACAUUGACACUGUUCUGGAGGUGGAGGACCCCAGCAUGGUCCUAGCCUCAUACAAGCAAGGAUAUUGGCUACCAGGCUACAAACUAGAGAAUUCCUGGGCAAUGGGUAUUCAUAUAUGUGUAAUGUACAACGCUGUGGAAACAGCACUGGUGCUUCUUCAGGAAGGUGCAGCCAUCAAUCGGAUGCCAAAUGGGAAGACACCACUGCAUGUGGCUUGUGAGGUCUCUAACAGCGACUGUGUGUCCUUGCUUUUGGAUUACGGGGCAAAGAUCAAUAGCCUGUCACUGAGCGGACACACGCCACUGCACUACUGCAUCACCAAGGAGUCUGUGCACUGUGCCAAGCAACUUAUCCUCAAAGGUGCAAACGUCAACAUGCCCAGCCACAGUAGUGAUGAGGAGACGCCAUUACACACAGCAGCCAGAUUUGGUGUUCCGGAGCUAGUGACUCUAUAUUUAGCCCAUGGAGCAUCUAUCGAUGCAGUCAACUCUUUCCAUGAGACUCCUCUGAUGACUGCAGCCUUCUGGGCUUUUGACAGCAAAGAGCAAAUCUACCACGAAGACCACCAUCUUGUUUGUCGCCUUCUGCUGGACCACAAAGCAGAUCCCAACCUCCAAGAAGAAGACUAUAAAACAGCCCUUCACAAGGCCGCCUGGAACUGUGAUCACAUCUUGAUGCAGAUGCUGGUGGAGGCCGGGGCAGAUACACGCGCCAUGGACAUCAAUGGCUGUGCCCCCAUUCAGUAUCUCCUUAAAGUGAUCGAUGUUAGGCCUAUGGCCAUACCUGAGCUCUGCUGUCAGCUGCUGCUCAACUAUAAUGCAGCACGGAUCUACCCACCACAGUUCCACAAGGUGUUGCAGGCCUGUCAUGAUUACCCCAGAGUAAUAGAAAUCAUGGUCAACUCUUAUGAACAUUUAAAGCCCACAAAGAAAUGGAGAACUGCCAUUCCUGAUGACUGCUACAAGCGGCAUAAAGACUUCUAUGACUCUGUGUUUGCCGUUUGCACCAACAUUCCUCGCAGCCUGCUUCACCUGACCAGAUGUGCCAUCAGAGUCAGCCUGGGGGGCUUUUGUCACAGAGGUGUAGCACAGCUGCCUUUACCACCUCCCAUGAAGAAAUAUUUAUUACUGGAGCCUGAGGGGAUAUUGUACUGAUGGAGACAGCUUUGUUCAUAAACUUUGAUUACUGGAUGAGAUGCUUCUUUACCAACUGAUGAUUUUAAUAGAGAAAACUGGUAACAUUCAACACUGUGCCUGCCUGCAGACUCCAGGAAGUAAAAACACUGCUAGCUGGAGCUGUCAUUAGGCAGUGCACUUUUUAUAUUUUUCCCAUCUGGACCAUUCCCAGAGAGUUUUGACUGGAAUUUCAGAAAUCUCUUUUUACUGUUUGGCAGUACUGGAGACACUAUGCACCCUGCCCUUGCUGGAGUGACACCCCAAUCACAACUUACUAUAAAACAGAUAUAUGGAGAUGGUUUGAGGUUGGACACCACCAGAUGACACCACCCAAAAUAUUAUCCACUAUCUAUGCUGCUUAUCCUGAAGACAGUUACAAGGGAGCUGGAGCCAAUCCCAGCUGACAUUGGACAAGAGGCGGGGUACACCCUGGACAGGUCACCGGACUAUCAAAUUAUUAUCACAAGUUAAUAAUCUGUUGAGUGUUUAAAAAUACACAGAGGUUGGAGGGACAGGUGAGAAAAUGGCAGUUUAUUGAUGAAAAUGACUAAUUAUAAUGGCUAAUUAUAACAACAAUGUAUGAUGCCUGACCAGUGACAGUAUUUGUGUGCUGGGCCCCAAGGAGCCACUAUCCCAUUAAUAAUGUCCUUUAUCUAUCUAUCUAUGUCUUUCACCUUAUAGGUCUCACCGAAGUGUCUUUCACUAAACAUUUUUUUCCUUUUUUGCAUUGAUAUUACAUCUGUGGGGUACUGACCAGCUGGUCUCUCUAUUCUAGUGCUGAGUCAUAUGCUAGAAGAUCCAAAACCACCCUUAAUGCUCACCCUCGGGCUCAUGCUGUUGUGUUACUCCACUGUUUGCAGAACAAACACUUGACAAAGCACUCCACAACAAGUGCUUGUGUUUCCAAUUGAACUGCAUGUGAAGCUACAUUCAGGGUCCAUUUUCUGAACACCUCAGCCAGAAAUAUACAAGAAAUAGAACUAUACCCACUUGGUUCUUACCUGGAAAGGCAAAAAACUAUCCUGAAAAGUCUCAGCUUUACCUUUAAUUCUGUAGGAAGUGUGACCGGUGUUAAUUAACCCAACUUCGAAACAUGUGCUCCAAUGAUGUGUGUUCAGUCUAUUGGAACACUGGGAGAGAAGGAAGGACUUUGUCUUCUUUUCCAGUCAUACAGCACACACACACUAAUGGCAAAAUGAUUUUCAGUGUGUCUCUGUGUGAAAACUGG